CUGAUGUCCCAGAUUAACAGGAAGUUUACAAUCGUUGUUGACACACGAGCUACACAUUUAGGUACAAUUUCUUAGCAAAAAGUGUUGUUUUUUCGUCUAAACAAAGAAAAUAUGGUUUGUGACAAUUGUAAGUACGACCUUUUUGGGAUUAUAGGAAGUUAUAUCCGUAAAGCAUGUAAUAACGCUUACGUUAGAAAGCGAUGCUGUGCUAGCAGCUUGCCAGCUAGCUUACUCUGGCUAGUUAGCUGGCCAGCUAACUGGCUAGCUAACGUUAGCUGAUUCUGUUUAUCUGAGCUACGGUAUCUAGCUAGAAACUGUUGCUGAAGGCUUGUUUUGUUGUUUAGUCUACGUAAUUAACAUGCCCGACUGUGUAUCAGAGAACGAACGAGAAGUGUUUGUGUGACUUCUGCAGCUAGCAAUGAAUUCCCAUCUCGACCUAUUUUUUUUUCUUCAUUUCUACCACUCAUAUUUCUGAACUUUUCUUCCUCUCUUUUUCCACCCUCGGCCUCUAUCUCUUCUCUUUCUCUCUCAGGUGAGAAGAAGCUGGGCAGGGUGAUAACUCCCGACACCUGGAAGGAUGGAGCUAGAAACACAACAGGUAGAGUAGUGUAGUUACAUAAUUUUGUAUUACAUAGUUUAGAAUUCUUUGAUACUCUUUAUUCAUUACAGUAUUGUAUUAUGUUUUUUAGAGAGCGGUGGGCGGAAGCUGAACGAGAACAAGGCUCUGACAUCUAAGAAGGCCAGGUAAGACUGUUGUUGUUGUUGUUAAUGAUGAUGAGAGCAGGUUGAUGUUGUAUAUGGUCAGGUUAUGAUUAUGUUACAGUAAUAUGAAUUUGUCAACAGGUUUGAUCCUUAUGGGAAGCCAGGAAAGUCAGGCUUUGGCAUCUGCAGAAUCUGCAAGAGCUCUGUUCACCAAUCAGGAUCUCACUACUGCCAAGGCUGCGCCUACAAGAAAGGUACUAUAUCUACCUACACACACCCCAUGUUAUAUGACAUUUUGGUUGCUCUUUCAGAAGCAAAUUGUGUAACACUUUCACCUGAUAACAAUCUCCCUUAUAUUGCUUUCUCUUUCUUAGGUAUCUGUGCCAUGUGUGGGAAGAAGGUUCUGGACACCAAGAACUACAAGCAGACCUCUGUCUAACAAGCUUCUGACCGGGAGAGAGAGAAGGUGACCACCAGGAUGACUGGAGAAGGAGUGUGGGAGAAAAUAAGAUAGAGGGGGAGGAUGGUGUGCACGAGGAAUGACGACUUUAUCGUGUUGUUUUGACCCCCUGUCUAAAACUCUCAUAGCAGAGAUGCAGUCAAGGGGUUUUUACUCUUUCCAGCUGUGUGUGUGAGAUGUGGAGCAGGGUUUCCCUCUCUAUUGUAAAAGUCCUAUAAUCCUCAGCUUUGUAGCAGCAAUACGUGGCCAGCACUGUUCCACACACCAAAUCGGAGACUACUUUUAGUUUUAAUACCUGAACUGAUGGUUUCUCUUCUGUUGUGUAAAACCGCCUCUGAUGCAGGAGUUUCCUUUUAUCGAUUCUUUGUGAAUUAUAUAAAGUCAUGUUUUAUUGAGUGCAUUAAAAUAUUCAAUAUGUAA